GCCUCAGGAGCCAGCGCCCCGCGGCAGCUUCCCGAAUCGGAAGGAGGGAAGGAGGGAAGGGGGGGCUUGGGGGGGGGGCGGUAGGAGCUGGCGAGCCUGCCCACACCCAGCCCGAACCAGGCGUGCCGACUCUUCCGCCUCAGCUACCCAGCAGGAGCCUGGACCAGCGAAGCACCGGUUCUGUGCACCGGUUGGGUCCCGUCCCUUAAGCUAGAGCCUCAGAGCCUCGGUGCAUUCACCCACCCGCCGCUCACCAAGAAUGGAAAUCCCCCCGACCCACUUCCCGGCCUCCAGGGCGGCCUCGGUGGCGGAGAAUUGCAUCAACUACCAGCAGGGGACCCCCCACAAGGUGUUUAUGGUGCAGACUAUUAAACAAGCCAGCAUGGAGGAUAUUCCAGGAAGAGGACAUAAGUAUUGCCUUAAAUUUUCUGUGGAAGAAAUUAUCCAAAAACAAGUUACACUGAACUGUACAGCUGAAGUACUUUACCCUCUAACGGGACAAGAUACUGCACCAGAAGUCAACUUCACAUUUGAAGGAGAAAUUGGAAAGAACCCAGAUAAAGAAGAUAACACAUUUUAUCAAAGACUCAAGUCUAUGAAGGAACCACUUGAAGCACAAAAUAUUCCAGACAGUUUUGGAAAUGUAUCUCCAGAAAUGAAGCCAGUUCGACAUUUAGCCUGGGUUGCCUGUGGUUACAUAAUAUGGCAGAAUUCUACUGAAAACACAUGGUAUAAAAUGGUAAAAAUACAAACUGUCAAGCAAGUGCAAAGAAAUGAUGACUUCAUUGAAUUCGACUACACCAUUCUACUUCAUGACAUUGCAUCUCAGGAGAUUAUUCCUUGGCAAAUGCAAGUUCUCUGGCAUCCACAAUACGGUACUAAAGUAAAGCAUAACAGCCGUCUGCCAAAGGAAGCACAACUGGAAUAAAUGAAGAUCCUAACGCUGGAUGAAGUGUCAACAUGCUUAUAAAUGCUGUGUGUUCCAGAUCUUCAUGGAUCCCUAGCUUAUGGGGCCAAAUUGCAAAGUGUCACUCUGUAUAAAUGUCUUCAUUACAGUAUAGAACUAUACAGAUUCUGUAACAGUGUCAUGAUGUAAAAGUGUCCCAAUACUAAUAGUGGUAUGUAUAUCCCAUAAUAAAAAGCUUCAGUCCCA